AUGACACUCACAUCGAUAACCACUGGUGGACAAUUCGGUCGAGAAACAACAAAAAUCCAGCAGUCUCGAUCGAAUACUGACUUUGCUUGUCCAAGUAAUCAAGAGGAAGAUGCUGGGUUAGAAGGGACAUCUUCAGAAGCGCAAGUCAAUCUUGAAAGUGGUCGUGAUUGUCAUGAAGACAAGUACGACGAGCCAACAGCGCAGAACCCUCGUUGA